AUGUCUAAGAACUCGGAGUUCAUCAAUCUGUCAUUUUUAUUAGAUCAUGAGAAGGAAAUGAUCCUGGGAGUCCUAAAGAGAGAUGAAUAUUUGAAAAAAGUGGAAGACAAGAGAAUAAGGAAGUUGAAAAAUGAACUCUUAGAAGCAAAACGUAGAAGUGGAAAGACUCAACAGGAGGCCAGCAGAGUCUGUGUUCACUGUCAGAGAAACCUGGGCCUAAUUUUUGACCGGGGAGACCCAUGCCAGUCCUGCUCACUAAGGGUGUGCAGUGAGUGUCGGGUCACAGGCCUUGAUGGCAGCUGGAAGUGCACUGUCUGUACCAAAGUCGCGCAGCUAAGGAUUAUGACUGGUGAAUGGUUUUUUGAAGAAAAGGCAAAACGUUUCAAACAAGUCAAUGUUCUAGGCACUGAUGUUGUUCGACAAUCCAUCUUAAGAAGAAGUCCAGGAGCUGAGGAAGUACAAAGCCAAGAGCAAACCUGUCAGGAUGUGGAAAAGUCAGACACUUCACCUUCUGCUGGGCAGAAGGCCAGCCACGACGGGCCCAAGAGAAAAGGAUUUCUUCUUAGCAAGUUCAGAUCAGCAAUCAAAGGAGAAAUCAUGGGUCCAAAAACUGAAAGUGGAAGGAGCUACAGUUUGGACUUAGACAGCCAAAAUUUUCGGAGUUUGAAGUCAGCCCCCGGUUCAGACAGGGGAAGCAUUGGUUCAUCAGAUCUCAAUGACUGUGAUGCUGGUCCUGGGACCCCAAAGAGCAGCUGGAGCAGUGAUGUAACCCCAGGUACUCAGAGGUCGCCAGUCCCAAGCACCCGCAGUGUAAACUCAGUCAACACUAGAGAGCAUGGUUUUGAAAAUUCCGUGAGUUUGGCUACCGAUGAAAGCACCUCUGAGGAACUCAGAAAAUGCCAUCGCAGAAACAUUUCAGGCACACCUUCCAUAGCAGUGUCUGGGGCCUCUCUCUACUCAGACUGGAGUCAAUCUGAGUUAGACUUCAAUGAAUCAUUUACAGAAGACUUAGAAGAUGCUAUAAGUGUAAGAAGCAAAUCUAUCCCUGAAGCUUUAGACAAAGACUUGGACUCCUUGGAAGAAGCUGAAAAAGGUGUUGAUGCCUUAGUGUCCUCUCGGUUUUCCGCGAACACCCACAGUCUGGCAAAUGGCCUGUCAACCAAUUCUCAAGCAGGCUCUGACAGGAAGUGGACCUACCUAAAUGUGCCAGAUGCUGACUCAGACACUACCAGCCUUAAUAGCAUGAUGAGUGUUUACAGUGAAACAGGAGACUAUGGCAACGUGAAAGUCAGUGGUGAAAUUCUUCUCCAUAUCAGCUACUGCUACAAAACCGGAGGGCUCUACAUUUUUGUCAAGAAUUGUAGAAAUCUGGCCAUAGGAGAUGAAAAGAAACAGAGGACAGAUGCUUAUGUCAAGUCAUACCUUCUUCCUGACAAGUCCCGAAACAAUAAGCGCAAGACCAAAAUCAGAACAGGCACCAAUCCAGAAUUCAAUGAAACACUAAAGUACACCAUCAGCCAUACCCAGCUGGAAACAAGAACUCUUCAGCUCUCAGUCUGGCACUAUGAUCGAUUUGGACAUAACAGCUUCCUUGGGGAGGUAGAGAUUCCUUUUGACUCAUGGAACUUUGAAAAUCCAAGUGACGAGUGGUUUGUGCUUCAGCCUAAGGUGGAGUUUGCACCUGAUAUUGGCCUUCAGUACAAAGGAGAACUAACAGUUGUUUUAUGUUACAUUCCCCCAGAGGAGAACUUGAUGCUUCCACUAGAUCAACGUCAAGGUAGUAAGACCUUUAAGAAGGGAAAGAAGAAGGAGUUGCCUAUAGUCUCUGGAGGAAUAUUAGAAGUGUUCAUCAAAGAGGCAAAGAAUUUGACAGCAGUGAAGUCAGGAGGCACUUCCGAUAGCUUUGUGAAGGGCUACCUGCUCCCUGAUGAUAACAAAGCCACCAAGCACAAAACUCUGGUAAUAAAAAAGAGUGUUAACCCUCAGUGGAAUCAUACUUUCAUGUUCAGUGGCCUGUAUCCCCAGGAUAUAAGGAAUGUUUGCCUAGAACUUACCGUCUGGGACAAGGAGGCCUUUUCCAGCAACAUCUUUCUGGGAGGAGUUCGUUUGAAUUCUGGAAGCGGUGUGAGCCAUGGGAAGAAUGUGGAUUGGAUGGACUCCCAGGGGGAAGAGCAACGCCUUUGGCAAAAGAUGGCCAACAACCCUGGGACUCCCAUCGAGGGUGUACUCAUGCUCCGUUCUAGCAUGGGAAAGCGUAGGCUCUGA